UUGAUGCUACUUGUCAGACUUAUUCUUCUGAAGAAAGGAAAUCGCAACGAGCUAAAGCGCAAGCAAACAAUUUUCUUCCCAUCACUGGUUGCAUUCUUUUUAUCUGUUCUUCGGAAGUGAAGUCCAUUUCACCCAACAAAAUACUGCUAAAAGAUCUCACUUCUUUCCCUUUGUUUGUUUCCAUCCCCUAAAACUCCCACUGAUUUCUGUGCCUCCGAACUUCUCCAGUUUGUGCAAGAAAUGGAUCUCGUUUUCUAGUUUCAGAGACUGAUUCUCGGAGGCAGUGUAGAGAAAAUGGCAGCAGAAACGCAAGCAUCUGCAGAGAAGCCAAGCUCCAAAAGGCAGGCUUGGUUCUGCACCACUGGAUUACCAAGCGACAUUGUCAUCGAAGUGGACGAUAUGGCUUUCCAUCUCCACAAGUUUCCUCUAAUGUCAAAGAGCCGAAAGCUGCACAAUUUGAUAACAGAGCAAGAAGCAAACUGCCCUACUUCUACCAGAGAGAUUCAAGAUGAAACAGCCGAAACACAGCAGCAGGAGGAAGAUGAAGUUGAGGAAGAGCACUGCCACAUAGUGCUCUCUGAUUUCCCCGGCGGCUGUGAGAUCUUCGAGAUGGCAUCGAAGUUCUGCUACGGUGUGAAGAUUGACCUCAACUCUUCCAAUGUUGCUCCUCUCCGCUGCGCCGGAGAGUUUCUGGAAAUGACGGAGGAGUACAGCGAAGAAAACCUCAUCUCAAAAACUGAGAGAUUCCUUUCCCAGACCGUGCCUAAAAGCAUCAGAGAGUCGAUUAAAACGCUGAAAUCUUGUGAGCCUGUGAUGCCUCUAGCCGAGGACUUGGGGAUUACGCAGAGAUGUAUCGCUUCGAUUGCUUCAAAAGCGCCUUCCGCUGAUCCAGCUUUGUUUGGAUGGCCAGUCAAUGACGGAGCCAACGGCGCUCAAGAAUAUUCGAAACAGAUGCUGUGGAAUGGAAUCGAAACCGGAGGAAGAAAAAAGACCGGCGGUAGGGGAACCAAUGCGGUCUCCUGGUUCGAGGAUCUCGCCCAGCUGAGUCUGCCUCUGUUUAAGCGGUUGAUUUUCUCCAUGAGAGAUCAAGAUGUAAGCUCCGAAGUUAUUGAGAGCUGUUUAAUGAACUACGCCAAGAAAUAUAUUCCCGGUAUAUCCAGGUCGAACCGGAAGCCGUCGUUGCCUUCCUCCUCUUCGUCUUGUAUGCCUACGGAGACUGAACAGAAGGAGUUGUUAGAGACCGUAAUCAGUAAUCUUCCACUGGAGAAGAGCUCCAGAAAUUCAACCGCAACAAGGUUCCUUUUCGGAUUGCUGAGGACAGCCAAUAUUUUGAAUGCUUCGGAAUCUUGUAAAGCUGCUCUAGAGAAGAAAAUAGGAUCGCAACUCGAACAAGCAACACUGGAUGAUCUUCUGAUUCCAAGCUAUUCGUAUCUGAAUGAGACUCUGUAUGAUGUUGAUUGUGCCGAGAGGAUCUUAUCCUACUUCUUGGAUGGACUCGACGAGAGAAAUGCAGCCGUAACUGAACUUGAUCAAGCUGAGGACGGUCUCAGAUCGCCAGCGUUAAUGGCCGUCGGCAAAUUGAUAGAUGGCUAUCUCGCCGAGAUCGCCUCCGACGCGAAUCUGAAGCCGGAUAAAUUCUAUAACCUAGCAAUUUCUCUCCCCGAACAAGCUAGGCUCUUCGACGACGGCGUUUACCGGGCCGUCGAUGUGUACCUCAAGGCACAUCCAUGGAUCUCCGAAGCAGAACGCGAGAAGAUCUGCGGAGUAAUGGACUGCCAAAAGCUGACAUUAGAGGCAUGCACCCACGCCGCACAGAACGAUCGCCUCCCACUCCGAGCAGUAGUGCAGGUCCUUUUCUUCGAACAGCUUCAGCUCCGUCACGCCAUCGCCGGCACGCUCAUGGCCGCCGAGACAUUACCGGCGGAAACCGGAAGAUUCUCAGCCGUAUCCCGGCGCGAAGCGGAAGAGGUGGAGGAAGAGGAGGAGGAGGAGGAGGCGGAAGUUCCGGCCCCAAUAGCGCACGAGAGCAGCACGUGGAGAGAGACGGUGAGGGAGAAUCAGAUGCUUCGCCUGGACAUGGAUAGCAUGAGGACGCGGGUUCAUCAGCUGGAGAGGGAGUGCUCCACCAUGAAAAAAGUCAUCGAGAAUAUCGAUAAGGCGGGCCCACAAGAUGGCGGAGGCCGCUGGCGACGGUCGUUGAUCAGACGGUUUGGGUGUAAGUUCAAAACUCAGGUGUGCGAUUCACACGAAUCAGCGGUUGUGGACGGCCGGAGAGGAAGACACCACCAUCAUCAGCAGUAGACCCGACCACACCUGAUCCUUCUCCUUAAUAUUAAUUGUACGGAAAUCUGUAAUGGAUGCCACGCAAGCUUACCUUUUUUUUUUCUUUUCUUAUUUUUUCUUUCAAUUGGAAGUUGUAAUUUUACAAAUUUUGAGAGGGGAAAUCAAAUUGGUCGCUUCAACGCACCGUUUUGAA